AUGCUACCUGCAGAAACUCAUCCAGCCACUCUGGAGCUGAGCUGGGAUACGCGAGCACGAUACGCAUUCUUCACGACGUACAUCCAAGGCUUUACUCGGAGCAUGGGUGAGAUAGCUUACCAUUACCGGAACGCACAAACACUAGAUCAUCUUUCAGCGGGCGUCGAAGCAGCCAGUCUGGCUUUUUUGGCUGUUGAGCUCGACAGCCCAAAUCUUCUCCUCCUGGCCAACUCAAGUUACGUCACGGCCAUCCGGCGACUUAAUCACACUCUCAGCUCACUCGAUCCUGACGAAGCGGAAAGAGCUCUUCAAACCAUCCUGCUGCUAGAUAUGUACGAAAAGCUUGUCCACCGGGAUUCGGGAAAGUCUCAGGCAUGGCUGAGUCACGCACAAGGUGGCUUGUCACUACUCGGCGCCCGUGAGACGAGUAUUGUGUCUACCCCAACAGGCUGUCAAGUUGCAGCUCGACUUGUGACGGCAGUGACGGUGAGCUGUGCCACAGUUGGAGAUAGAAUACCUCCGGAGCUUACGAAGGCCCGUCGAAAUAUUGGCUAUCGUGUCAAGAGCGUGAAAUGGACAUUUCUAGGUGUCCUCGCGCAGAUUGUCAACCUUAAGUCCGAUAUCGUUCACGGGAGAAUCUCAACAUUGGACCUUCUUGUCAAGGCAAAAGGUCUCGACGAAAGAAUCGAUACGUUGGACAAGGCCCGCCCACCAUCCUGGAAGCCAAAAACCAUACAAGUCACUGCAGAUGAGCGAGUCCUGGGAUUAUCUUAUGACAUCUACCCGGACCACUACAUCACUCAAGUCUCCAAUGCAAUCUGCACCAUCCGCCUCAUUCUUUAUCACCUUCUCAAGACUUACGUCCCUGAGGAGAGUCGCCCGAAAGAGAACACCUUUCAUGGAACGAAUCGCGACUCGGUCAAUCAGAUGUGCGCCUCAGUGCCUCAAUUCAUCUUACCAGGAAAGAUGAGAAAGUAA